AUGGCGCGAGGAAAAGGCUGGACCACGCCUGAAACCCUCUACAUGCUUGGGCUGGUGGAGAAGAUCCUGCCGUUUGGCUCGAACCAGUGGAAUGCAGUAGAGCUACCGUACAACACUAAACUACCCGAUGGCUUCCCUGUACGCGAUGCGGAGUCCAUCAAACGCAAGUUCUACGCACUCAAGAAUACGCGCAAGCCGUCGGGAGAUUCGGCGUGCCCGGCCGACGUUGCUCAAGCCAAACGCUUAUAUCGUCGGAUCGAAGGGAAUUGUGGCGUAAUAGUGUUGGACGAUACUGCCCCGUCUGUCGAGGCUUCGGCUAGAAGUUCCGCCCCAUCAAACAGUACUUCGCAGUAUGAGGCAACAUCUAAUGCUGAAGAAGCACAAGCGCUGCAAGUGCAGAGCCAGCCUGCGUCUGGCCGAUUGCAUCCACUGUCAGUGGCGAAGUUAACAAGGUACAGUAUCACAGUGCAUAAAUAUUGCGAAGUAUCACACUAA